AUGUCACUCUUAGCAAGCAACUCGAAAAAGAAGCUAUACGAGUUUCAGGAAACUCUUGGGGCUGGAUCAUUUGGAACAGUGCGUAAAGCUGUGCUGAAGGAAACAGGCGAAGAAGUGGCUAUCAAGAUAAUCUUAAAAUCUCGACUUAAAGGCCAUUUAGAGGCCGUUGAAAGAGAAAUUAGGCUUCUUGCUUCUAUCUCUCAUCCAAACAUCGUCAGGCUUAUUGACUGGUUUGAAACCAGACAUAACUUUUACAUUGUGACCCAGUUGGCCACGGGAGGUGAACUUUUCGAAAGACUCGUGAAGCAAACGUGCUUUACCGAGUAUGAUGCUUGCGAAAUUAUAUAUCAGUUGUUAUGCGUACUUGAUUAUCUUCACAAAAGAGGGAUUAUUCACCGAGAUAUCAAACCGGAAAAUGUGUUGUACUUGACCAAGGCGACCGACUCGCCGAUCGUCCUCGCUGACUUUGGUGUUUCCAAGCAGACAAACGCCAAGGGAGACCAGAAAAUUACAGGGUUGGCAGGUUCGUACGGCUAUAUAGCACCAGAAGUGUACGCGAGUGAGGGAGUUGGCGAUUUAUACGGAUUGGGAAAGGGCGGAUACACAAAUGCAUGCGAUAUCUGGUCGCUUGGUGUCGUGGCCUACACACUUAUAGGUGGAUACUCUCCGUUUUGCGCUCAGACACCAGAAGAAUUCCUCGAUGAGGUCCGUAGCAACAAUUUCGUUGUUUUCCACCAGAAAUACUGGAAGGAUAUCAGUGAAGAUGCCAAGGACUAUAUAGUGAAGAGUCUUGACAUUGACAACAGACGAAGACCAAGCGCAGAGCAACUGCUUCACCAUCCAUGGAUUUUGAAGCAUGUUGCACAGAAGAAUAGUACUAAGGCAUUGCCUCAGCAGAGAAAUAUCAUCACGAACAUCCAGGGUGGAUUCAAUGCUGCCGAGAAGUUGCGUAAGGCUGUUAGAUUUGUGAUAAUGAAGAACAAGCUUGCCAAGUUGCGCGUAUUGAGAAAACAGGAGGGUGAGGAGUUCGACUCCGACUCAGAAGACUUUGUUUUCCACGCAUCACCGACAAAGAGCAAUGUUGUGAUGGAUUUCUCGAAGCUGUCACUUGACGAACUUCGUGAUAAAGAGCAUAAGGCUGAGGAAGGGGCCCGGAAGUCCAGGAGACAGCAGAAAAGUGAGCAUUUGACACUUGCAUUCCAGAACCUGGUAAGGUUGGCACAGGACUCGAAGGAGCGGAUCAAGAGGUACCAGGAUGAGGAAGAUAGAAAUAGCAAUUGA